UUGACGUCUCAUAAUCUUUCGGAUCAAACGUAAGCUCUUUAUUAAAUGAUAUCCAGCAAACGAGCUACAAACAUUUCUCCUGGCACAGUUUGUAGGAGGAUAAAGCGCAACAUGGUCGGACUGCUAACGAUUGUGUUCAUUUUACUGGAGAUACCAGUCAUCUAUUGCUACAGUAAGUGGUGUGUCAUUACUUUGUAAUCGCUACAUUUGUAAAUGAAACAUUUUAAAUCACGCUAGCUAACUGGACAUGCAAUUCGAGCACGACACGUCAAAAAAAUAUAUAAAUAAUUAAAUAAAUAACUAAGCUUCGCUGGACCUUAAAUGAAGCGAUUUUGGUAGUGAAGGAGUUCAAAAAUCAAUCCUUAACAGCACACGUUUGAGGAGGUACUUAUACAUGUCUUUGAUUUGUUAAUUUGGGAAAGUCAUCACGCCAUACGGAUGGAAAGAAAAUUAAUGAUCCAUUUAUAAUUGUCAUUCACGCACAUUUGACGGCGCAGUGUGGGCAACGAUAGUAAAUAUCAGAGAAAGACAUUGUCAUAUGUCUAACGCAGCGCAUCCAAUAAACGGUUUUUUUUUACGCUGUUAAAUCUGCGGCCCAGGCGUGUUCUUUCACGUACGGACAGUGUAAGCCACGUUGUACUUGAAGAACACUGAUAAAGGAGGGCAUCAGUUUAGCUUUAGCUGGCCAGUACGUGCAAAGAAAACUGAAUACAUAACUUCAUGAUCAAAGUUUACACUUAGUUCAUGAUAUCGUCCUUUCAUUUAACCUACAAAAAACAACUUCUAAAAUAGCCGUUUUAUUAUUUGAACAAAAUAUUUAUUCAAUUAAAGUCCUUGAUCUACGUUUGAGUGGCACUUACAGAAAGAAUGUCUCCACUUAGAUGUGUAAAUGUUUCCGUUUUUCUUAUAGGCAGCGUUUGAGUACCUUUACCCAAUAGUUCCGUUAAGGAAAUUCUUUUGCGUUAAAAUUAGACACAAGAAUUUUGGUACAGUUAGGUUAUUUCUCUAUUGACUGCGAACUAGUGACGUCAUCAAUUACUCCGUUAGAUUAUCCUGGCAUGGUGCAAAGAGUAAAUCUCUCCGAUCACGGAAUAGCUGCCCGUUGACAUUAGAAUGCUUCGAUGAAAACUUUCAUUCAAAUGCGGCAAUCAUUUCAAACAGAUGAAGCAUAAGUAGGAGUGUUUCAUCUGGUAUCUAAACACCGAGUUCUGGGUCGAAUCUAAAAGCUGCCGAGUUUUGUUAAACUGACUUCAAGAUGUCUGGAUACCAGAUGAACGACCUUCAAUAUGGCAGGAUACAUGCACUGUACAACAAAUGUUAAACAGAAGCUGUCGUAUUUUCUCUUGGUCAGUACAUGUUGAAACUUUUGCAGGAAACAUUUUUCGUUACAUCGAACUAAACCUAUGAGAAGAGAAUCUUAAGACACCCAAGACGAUUGGUCAAUUUUAACAACAUACACUGACCCUCAUGUUACUCAAAUCUGAUAACUAUGAUAUCAUAUCACCAAAAAUUCUUAUUUCACACCUUGUUUUGAUGGUAUCCUCGCGUGAGAGAAUUCCAUGACGUUUCACGAAGAAUAUUCUGCUUUAUUUUUUGCCGUGACUGUUCUACUGUUAAAAAGAAAAGAAAAGAAAACCAUAGCGCGCAGUCUUUAGACGACAUAGAAGUGUGUUUCCUAAUACAGCCAAAUGUUUUUACUGCGGAGGUCAAAAUGUCAGUGUAACGGAUUGCUCACUUCUCAGCUCUCUAAGACGGACACCUUUGGGGCCUGUACUAUUUAUUGUCCAUCUUAUUGAGGCGAGGGCAAGUCCACCGCCUUCCGGAAAAUCAUAAGUCAGUAGAACGACUGGGAAAAAAUGUUGGUCUGCUCAGUAAUUCAGAAUUAAAUUUAAAAGCUGUUAUAUCCUUAAGCCCUAAAGAAGAGUAGUUGAAUUAGUUGAAUUAUUGGCCAAGCCUGACGUAACUAUGUUAAGUGCCCCUUUACCCUCGUUUACCGUCGUGGGGCGAACCUUGCAAUUACGGUACGUGAAUUUCAACAAAACGAGGUCCGGCAGAAAAAAAGUAAAUUACUUGAAGAUUAGUUUGGACAAAGAAAAACCGUCCGUUUUUGGAUUCAAGAGCUCACUAUGAAGAGAGGUCAAUUUGUCUUUUUGGUAACUUAAAUACAACAUUUGGGAAUAAAUUCACGGUAUAGACGUAAUGCGCUGGUAUUCUUUUAAUUGACAAGUCAGAAAUGAAAUCAUCCUGGUUUAAAUUCACAGUAUAAACUGACAAAGUGUUAAGAUCCCUGAUAGUCCUUAUAAGGUCUUUAACCUUCCAAGAAUGCUGAGCGCCAAAAUUCUAGAACAGUCUCAAACUUCAUUUUUCAAAGUACAAACUAUAUAUGGCUUUCAGAGAGUACAAUUAAGGUCGGCAGGCUAGCUCUACCCGCAACUAUGCUAUAUGACCAGAGCUGGAGAUCCAGAAGUUUUACUUAAUACGAAGUAAGAUUUCAAUGUCAGCUGAUUUUAGUUCAAAGGGGACAGACGAGACGGCAAAUUGUUGUUGCCCGAAAUAUCUAGCUAUGAAUCGUAACUGUCCAUCAGUGGGAUUCCUAACAUGAGAGCAUUACCACAAUUGGUUUGGGCUUCAUUAAAAACCUAUAUCAAAUGUAAGUUGUUUAAGUUUUUGUUAGAUGCAACAGUUUUCUAAGUAGUGUUUCGCCUGUAUUAACUGCAGUAAAAUAAACGAGCUAACCUCUCUUCAGUUGUGUACUGUAAGCAGUUCAUUUAUUUCAUUUAUCUAUGUAUUUAUUUAUCCAACUUUAUUGGGCAAAACAAACUCUAAAUGAAGAAUGAGUCAUGCAAGUGCAUACAUGAUGAUAAAAUGAUAAAAUAUUUUUAAAAAAAUUAAAAUUAAUGCCUAAAAAGGAACGGAUCAAACGUAAAACUUAGACUCAUGCGAGACGCCCACAAAGGAAAUGAAAGAAUUUAAAGCAUAACCAUAUAAAAAACGAAAGAAAUUAAGAAAAAAAAAUAAACUAAAAAAAGAUAAUAACACAAUCUUGAUAUAGCCCUGGCUGGCGUGGCAUUCCGUUUUAUUAAAUGGUUCAAGGGUAAAGACAUUCUUAAUUAUUUUUUUAAAGCUCAGUAAGGAUUAAAGCAGUUAAACCUUUUAAAUACUUUUAACUCACAGGCGAGAAUACUAAAAUUAAAUUCUAGAAUAGUCCCAACCUUUAUUUUGCAUACUUCUAGUAAUUUUGAAGAAAUUAAAGAUAACAAGCAAAAUGUUUUGGCAAGGUCAUCAUUUUAGUCUUCACAUGCAUGUCUCUUCGUAAAAUACCAUAAACAGUUAACUCUUUCAAACCCAAAUUAUUUACAGACUGAGCUGUUCCAGCAACUCAAAUCUGAGAAGUUAAGCCAGGCAUGGUUGCCACAGCCAGAGGUUUUUGAAAUUCCCUGACUUUUCCCUGACUUUUUCCUGACAAACAUAAAAUUUCCCUGACCUGUUGAAUUAAUAUUUUUUAAAUUAGUCUUGAUAAUGGACUUACUCAACUCUUCCCUCUCAGCUACCCUCAUAGAUAAUUUUUUUAUUCAGGAUAACAAAAAAAAAGCUAGAGUGAGAAAUAAAAGACAGUGCUAAGGAGUACGAAUUUAGUGGGAAGAAAACAUGAAUUUUUUUUAGCGGCAGUGAAAUGAGAAAUGGUAGCUGCCUUCGAGGUGAAAAUAAGCGGCAGUGGAAAAAAAAAUGCGAAGGGGAACACAAACGACAUUUCCUCCAUACAACAUGUAACUAGGAAGUUUCACGUUGUAGGCGUGCAAACCAACGGCAAAGAAAUGUACAAAAAAAGUGUGCUGCACGUGCAAAGUUGUUUUUCGCUGAUUAAGCUACUGUAACAAUUAACGGGCUACAAAACAUUAAACUUUCUACUUUUUAAAAAUAUACUUAGAGUUUACUCAAACGAAAAAAUAAUUGUGUAAUGCUGAACGGCGAUGGCAACGACAACGGUCAAACAACAUCAGUAGGUCUUAAGGUAAGGUAAAACGGACAACAAAAAACGUGCAACGUGUUCUGCAACAUUGCCGCAAAACGUGUGAAAUAGCGAUGUUGCGCGUUUUAUCACCGACGUUGCAACCUGUCUUGCAACAAAUAAGGUUGCAAGUUUUUUUUUCUUGGGUGUUUUUUUUUUCGUCCUGUUUGAGUAAACUGUAAGUAUAUAUUAACGAGAGCUUUGCUUUUAGCCCUGGUUAAAUCUAUAUAUUAGUUCCUUGACAUAACGUGCAAAAAAGUUUGAUAUUCUUGAAAACUCAACAUCAGCUUGUUGUUCAAUUUCAUGAACAAAAUAUUCUGCUACAACACAAUUGUGUCCGUUCAAUGUACAAAUGUACUCUUAAAUUUUUACUUUUCCCUGACUUCUAUUUUCCCUGUCUCGGAGCUUUCAUUUUUUCAUUUAUGAAAUAGUAAAAUAUACAAUAUCGGGCAAUAUUUGUGGGGUUGUUGACUAACCAAGACGAAAUGAGAAAUAAUUAGACUUUUCCCGACCUACAGACGUCAAAGAAAACUUCAACACAUACGCUACGUCUACCGUGUGAUUCGAAUUCGGACAGUUUUUAAACCGCAUAUUCGUUAUUCGGAUUCGUGUGAACGGGGCCUUAAACUGCCUCUUAAGAGCGGUUUCAAAACAAUUCUGUUUCGAUGUCCGGAUUCACUGGGUUGGUAGAGACGGAGGGCCGAUGCAUAUAAAAAAAAGUUUGCGGCUUCAAAAAUAUCCGGUUUUGUGUAGACGUAGCCUCAACAAAUUACCGGAAAAUGCGGCAAAUCGACAAUGGCUUUUUUUAAAAGGCCAGUCAUGUUGCGUACUCAAAUCCGGAUACACAGGUGGGGCCCAGAACAAGGAUUUCGGCGCUGUUUCGCAGACGGACUUAACCAGAGUUUAGUUUCGUCUGUGGCACAGGCUAGGUUAGUUUUAGCGAGUUAAGAAUUAGAUAUAAGUAGGUUUUGCAAUACUGUAAUGCUCUGGUAUUUCAUGUUCAUUUUAUUGUUGUUGUUAGAAAGCCAGUGGUGGGUUUAAUGUAAAGGAUGUGAAUGUCGUCCUAGCCCAUUUUGAAAAGAUAGUUCGCGCGAUGAGAUUAUACCAUCCACACCCUUUUUUUUAUUAUAAGAAUGUUGUUUUUCCGUCCCAGGCUGAAUAUUCUUAUUUUUUCUGUCGAUUUUAGGCUGAAAGUAUUCUUAAAUUAUUCUUAAUUAUAAAUUAAAGCUUAUGGCCACGGCAUUUCCACUUUAGAUUUGUGUUUGGGGUUAAUUUCCGCCUCAAUAUUCUUAUAAAAUAUAUUCUUAUAAAGAAAAAAAAAGGGUGUAUAUCAGUCUCAUAAUUAUGUCAUUUUGUUUUCAGGCAGUGUUACUUGCCCUGUUAUUAGCAGCGAGGUUAUCUCUCGCGAAUGCAACAGUCGGACAGAGCAUUUAUGUCUGUCUGACUCUGAAUGUGGCGGCUCACGCAGAUCAAAAUGCUGCCCUUCUUCUCGCAACGGGGGCUGUUCUCUAAUGUGUGUAGAACCCCGCGCUCUUGGUGAGUAUUCCAAACAUGAUAAACAUAUAAAUAAAUCAGUAAGCGAAUGAAUAAAUGCAUGACUGGGUGAAUAAAUAAACCAGUAAAUAAAUAAAUAAAUAGAUAAAUAAAUAAAUAUCAUACUGUUUUAAUCCAAACCAUAACGAAUUUGUGAAAGAUGAUGGGCAAAGAAAAAUAUACCCAUCCUAACUUUUGUAGGAACAGUUUUUUCUUCCUCUGUUUUCUAAGAGGUCACUUUAUCACUUUGUUUUCUGGUUAUCUUUAAACUACUGAAGUACAGUGUAUUACGUUUUCUCGGGGAGAGGAGGGAAAAGGGAUGGAAAGAAGUGCUGUGGGCUCAAAGGUCAGGCCAGAAAGUGGAGCAACCCAAAUCAAAAGUAACGGGCGUGUAAUGGUCAUAAUAAAUAGUUACACUUGCAAUACGCGUUAAUAGUUUUAGCUCGCUCAAACUAGCACCAGUGUGCUAUAUAUUGUAAGUGAGUUUAAGUAAAGAUUCUAUCUAUCUAAGCUGAGAGAUAUACUGUAAAUUAGUAGCCGAAUCAGACCUUCAAGCAAAUGAACAUCAUUUAUUCAAACCCUAAGAUAAGAGGGGGUCCCCGCCUCGAAAAUAUACUUCUCGACCCUGCGGGCUUUAGAGUAGAUAGUAAGCAGUAUGCUUGUUUGUAACAUAAAUUUAGUUAAAUGUCUUUAGCUUCCACGAGUCUCCUGUUGCUCUGUACAAGCGCAUCUACAAUACUCGUUACAAAUCGUUGAAACAUGAACCGUACGUUUUUCUUGAAUUUUUUCGAAAAUGUCUUACAUGCACUCUUCUCACCUUUCUUCUCACUCAAAUGUGCACCUCUCCUUCCCCAAUGUUGAGCCACGCGCAUUUUGGAGCACUGAGACGACUGUAAUACCCAAAUCAACAUUGGGGAAGGGGAACAUCCCAAAAGUGUUUUAAGCUUUGUGACGAGUAUUGUAGACAACUAACCAGACCGUCAUUGGUUCGGCUUCAGUCAGUUUGGGAGAUCUCAGAUUUAGUCCGAGUCUGAAUUAUCAUUUUCAGUCAUUCACCAGGCUUUAAAUUCAUUUUCUCAUUUAUCUUAUCUCUGUCGCUGUGCCUGCUUUCUCAAAUGCUCAUGACUUUUUGCUCUUAACUUGCACAGACGGUUGCCCAAUACCCCUGGACUUUGCUAUGAUUGUUGACACAUCUGGCAGCAUAAGUCGACGUAACUUUAGAAAGCUGAUAAAAUUCAUCCAGGAUAUGUUGGAUGGUUUUGACAUAUCAGAAAAAGGCACGCAUGUUGCUGUAGUGGAAUACAGCACCAACGCCUCAGUACCACUGCGGUUUAACGAUUUCUCUGGGGCCUUUCUCAAUUCUGCCAACUUGAAAAGAGCCAUUUCCAACAACAUCAAGCACUCCAGAGGAUACACAUAUAUAGAUAAAGCUUUGAAACUGGCAAACACAGACGUGUUCUCCGCUAAAGGGGGAAUGAGGCCAAACGUUACUAAGGUCAGUAACACUCUCAGUACACGAAAUCGUUUUAUUCAGAAGCCUUUUGAGUUUUAGCCUGAGAAAACAGACUACAUUUUAUGACACCAUCGUUGAUUUCCCUGCAAAAUGAGGACGUCAUUUCGCUGGGAAACCGUUGGUGGCUUAGCGAAAUGUUGGCUGUUUUGUCAGGCUAUUUGAGUUUAAAAAUGGCCUGACGUAAAACGUUGCUGACUUCCGAGAAGAUUUUGUAAUUAAGGCCUAUGAUAACCAAAAGUGGUUUACGCGCCCGGUUGUUUUUUCGAUCAGACAAAAAUCGCAAGCCUUUCGUAAUCUCUCUCCGAGCUUUAGAAUUACCUCGGCUACUUUACAACGCUGAUCUGUAACAGUUUGAAAACUAAAUUUCACUUCGUAUCAUCGUUAUUAUCCGUCUAUCAUAAAUGAUCUCAUUGGUGAUUCUAUUCCUUUCCCGAUCUUUUAAAGCAAAUUUAGCCUAGCUUUAAAAAAAGUUCUUUUUACAAGUCCAAUUUUUGCCUUGUUUUAACUUACCCCUGGGCAUAUGAUACAUGUGACAAUGACCAAUGGCUUGGUAACAAGUGAUGAUGGCAUCGACGUUGAAACUGCGAGAAAUAGGCAAAGGGCAAUGGGCCUACAAGCGACUGUACCUGACUGAGUCAAAAUCUGCUCCAGAGGGAGUUGUACUCAGGCUUCUAAUUCCUUCUCGUUUUCAAUUCAAGGUAGCUCUUGUCAUGACUGAUGGUAAGCAAACGGUUAAUGAAGAAGGAGUCCUUUCCGCUGACAUUUUGUAUAACGCCGUUCAACCUCUCAAAGACAAAAACGUCAAGGUUUUGUCGCUUGGUAUCGGCAAGAAUACCAAUUUGUUCGAUCUGUGGACGUUAGCCUCCUCAGGCAGCGAUGUGUUCUUGGCAGAGAACUUUGAACAGCUCAAAGACCUUGUAACUGAUCUUACCCAAAACAAAUGUCCCGGUAAGAAAACAUGUAAGAAACGUAAAAGAGUUCCUAUUGGUUUAUAACAUUAUUCUAGAGAGGUCACAAAAAGAGACCUCAUCAAACAAAGGCCUUUUUUUUUACUGUAUUGAUACUAUAAAUCAUGUAGUAUAGAUAAGUCAAAGCACUACCCCACAAUAACGUCCUACUACAGUGAAACCUGCGUUUAUAAGCGGACACUCUCUCAUGUUCAGAGGACACAAGCAACAGUACUAGCUGCGCUACCACGCCUUCUGAUGUCCCUUUCUCUUUCGAUAUCAGUACAGUUGACCGGCUUAAUGAAGACCCACUUAACACGGAUACCUCUUUAAAAACGAGCAGAUGUCACAAGCUGUGAAUAGCAAUGACCCGCAAAGAUCACCAAACAAAGCAAAGCAGAGCUGAGUUAUGCAAUCAAAUGUCAGCCCCUACCAGAACAAGCGGCUACCUCGGGCAAGCCCGCGAGCGUUGUCUCGGGAUUAACCUUGCCUAAAUUACAAUUUAGCCACACUAUUACGGAAACUUUCUAUUGCCUCCCCCCCCCCCCCCCCGUCAGUGUUCGUAUUAACGAGAUUUGACUGUAGUGGCAGACAUGUUCCAAAUUUGGUCAACGCUGGGCCUUAAGCCAAUCGGAAACGGAGAAAUAGUUUAAAUAAUAAUAAUAAUAAUAAUAAUAAUAAUAAUAAUAAUAAUAAUAAUCUGUAAUUGUGUCAAUAACAAAAUGCUCAUUACAAAUCUGAUUGCUUCUUAACAGUCCAUAUUUAUUGCUUAAUUCUAAAACUGUCUUAUUUGACCUGUACGAUUACUAGGAGUAUGUAAUCGGACAGUUUCUUGAAACAGCCGAUAAAAAUCGAGUGAUAAUUGGUAGGCAAUAGAAUUUAACUACAGUCCAUGGUAACCAAUCAAAAUCAAUAAAAAAAGGCUGACCAGCUUCAGCUUGAAAAGAAAACCUAGAUGAAAUGUAACCAGCCCAAUGACUUUUAUUCAGACUUUUUUCUUUACACUUUGGCAACUUUAAUUUUUCAACACUACUGGGCCCAGUUGUUCGAAGGCCGAUUAGUGAUUAACUCGGGGUUAAAUUUAACCCGGGUUUCUUUUUCUUGUGUUCAAAAGCAUUUCUUGGAUAAUUUUUUCUGUUAUUUUUAGGGCUUCCAAUGAUCAACUUGUAGACAAAACGAAUUAAAACUGAAAUGCUUUUUAAGCUUUCAAAUCUGAAUUCAAAUCUCGCACUAACCCUGGGUUAUCUUAACCCAGCCUUGAACAACUCGGCCCUGAUUUAGAAAGCCUUUAAACUAAGGAAAAUGAUACAGUUACUAAGUCGUAUUACCAUUACUUUUAUUGAAGUGCACGGCAACUGGUCACUGUGGAGUGAGUGGGAAACCUGCUCCGUGACAUGUGGUGGAGGCUUACAGAGGCGUUUGAGAAACUGUGAUAAUCCCCCUCCGGCCUUUGGCGGUGAUGAUUGUUCUGGGGAGAGUGAAGAAAUUCGUUCUUGCAAUGAAAUCCCAUGCGAAGGUAAUAUACACUUGUAAAGAAUCAGUGGGAUGCUUUUGCUGAUUAUAACUUACGGCACGUGAACUUCUGAAAUGCUGCAAACUUUGUUAUUACUUAAGAGGCAAAAGAGGGGAAAUUUAUAAGUCACAGAGCCGAAACAAGGAACCAUAAAGAAAGCUCGAUUCCCCACAUAUAUUAAGUUUUAUUUAACUUUUUAAAUAGGUAGGUUCUUCAUGUCUAACUUAAGACAGUCUGUUGGACAGUCUGGUGGACCUCGGUAUUUCAUGUUAUUGGAGUGGUUUUCUGAGUCUUCACUACUUAUCUUUUUACUGGAUAACGAUGUUGGGCUUUUACAAGGCCUCACAGUAUUUGCCGAGAAAAGAAUACGCCAACAACAGUAACAAUAUAAUGAACCUCGCAUGGCCUACGUGCGAUUAGCCUCCCACGCAGGCGUUUUUAGGGGAGGUGGAAGAAAUACGAGCUACCCUAAAAACGCCUGCGUGGGAGGCUAACGUGCGAUGGGAUCAGAGAUUUUAAAGAGUUGUGUAAUAUCCGGAAAAUGAUUAAAGGGCAGUUCUCAUAGCGGUUAUUUCGUUAAACUUCCCGUCCUCAUGAGUUCGAAAAGCAAACACAGAACAAUGGGACGUGGACUCAAUAAAUUAUGAUUAGAUGUACAGCCUUAAAUAUCGCUUUUUUUCUUUCCUUCGUUUUUUUAAAAAAUGUAGUUGAUGGGAACUGGACCGAUUGGAAAGCCUGGGAAAAAUGCCCCGUGACGUGUGGAGGAGGGAUACAGAGUCGUAGAAGGACUUGCUCUAAUCCUCCACCCUCUAACGGAGGAAAAGAUUGUGAAGGAAGUGGCGUUGCAACGCGUUCAUGCAACGAGCUCCCUUGUCCAGGUAUGUGAUUUCAACCAAUUAGAACUGAAUAAAAUCAGUGGCUUUUAUCUUUUACUUUAACUGAACAGAGCAUGAACAAUAGGGAGCUUUAGCAACGACGACGGCGACGGCAAAGAGGACGUCAAAAAAGCAAUAGGUUUAUUACGCAAAACAACAAGUUUGCACGUGCAUCACGCUUUUUUGUACAUUUCUUUACCGUCCUUGCACGACUACGACUUGAAAAUGCCUAAUUGCAAGUUUUAUGGAGGACGUAAACAAGCGACGACCAAUCUCUUUUUCUCUCUCUAAACUUGAGUGCGGUCCUCAAGAAAUCAACUGCAGGGAAAUUCGCCUACACUUGCCAUUUUCAGCAAAUUGAAAUAAACGCGACAAAGAUUGAAAAAAACGGGAAUUCAUUUUAAAACUGACGUUUUCCCUGCAGUUGCCGUCGUCGAUGCUAAAGCUCCCUAAUAAGUAGACGACAACGAGGACGAGAUUUUCUCAAUAGUAAGUAUAAUUGCGCGCGCGUCAUAGCCGUCGUCCUCCAACUAAGAGUUUUAGCCGCGAAAAUUUAGUGGUGGCGGGAAUUAGUUAGAAGUUUUAUCAUUUUGCGAUCGGCAAAUAGCUUAACCUCCUUCAAUGAAAAUGAUAGUGCCAGGUUUUGUGGUGGUGGAAAAAAGUAAAAAAAGUUUUCCGGGGGUCUUUUUCGGAGAAUACGCGAAAAAAUGGAAAGUUAAAUCUCGUUUUCGUAGUCGUCCUCGCCCUGGAAUCUAAAGGCCUCUAAUAAUUUAAAUUAGUCAAUGUGAUGAAGUUGUCUUCGCUCGACUAGUCGCUAUGAGUAAGUACAUAUACUAUCAAAGGUAACACUGAUCUAAUUUUUAUUUGUGUGGUUAGCGUCGUGGCACUUCAUGCAGGAUUUUAUCUAUAGACGAAAACAUUAGAACGGUCUCGUACGGCAUAGUAUAUAAACAACGACUUAAGGAAGGCCGUAUUGCCAUGUAGCUUCAUUUCUAAUUAGUCAAUUAAUGCUCACGCUGUAAAAAUCCCUCCAACUUGUGUAGCUUGUGUUGAAAUGAUCACACUUCAAGAUUAUUAGGCCACAGAUUGAAAAGUCAGAGCAUUAUAACACUGCUGUUCAAAAGCAAAGCAUGACCAACAAAAAAAGCAAACAAAACAUCAACAAAAAACAAAAACAAAAGAUAAACCACUGCUUGAAAGUAGCUACUCUUGAAUGGUCACACUUUCGGAUUUUCAGCUCACAGACUUAAACGUUAGAAUAACUUGCUUGCAUGAUGAAAACACUACUCCUAUAAUUUUUCUUUGUCAGUGGGAUAAAACUUUGAUCCUAGACCCUUAUUAACAACAGCAACAAACAACAACAAAAACUUUUAUUCUUGUAUGCAGGAGUUGUACGGCUUGCCCCGCAAAUAGGAGGAAAGCCCCGGGGGGGGGGGAGGGUACCCUGGAACCCUUAACCUAUAACGGAGCUAGUUCAGCUGAAUUUUGCUACCUUAUACUAGAGUAAACUCCCCAAAACCCCCCUAUCCUAGAGUAGAUGUUUUCCAGAAACUACUGAGGUCACUAGCACAGUCUAGCCAAAACAAAACCUUCUACCACAAUCCCUAGUCUAGAUAAAAUCUUCAACCCCCUGAUCAGUUUCCUGAAAAAUGAUACCCUGUUCUAGACCCAAACGCUCUGAUUUAUAUACCCUAUCCUAGAGUAAACUGCUUGAAAACCAUGCCCUUCACAGGGGCACAUACCUAUAUAGCCAAUACAUGGCAGUACCCCUCCCCCGGGUGGAAAGCUAGCCUUGGGGGAGGGGGGGAUAAGAUAAGUACAUGAAUAACAUAUUUACUAAAAACAAAAAACCUUAAACUAUUACAAUUUUAAAAUAAAUAAAACAAAGACGUUCAGUGAUCUAAUUAACUACACAGCGCUUACUGACAUACUUAAUUUAUUAAUACAACAAUGCAUUUAGAUGGGGAUUUGAAUAUAGGCGUCCUCUUUUUGUAAGACAUCAAAUAGCAAUUUGCGAAGAACUCUUUCAGUUUGAAUGUUUUCUCAGGCAGAUCCGUUAUAUAGCGUGGUAUCUCAUUCCACAGCUUAACUCCGAGCCGAGACAAAUAAUUUUUUUGUAUUUCUAGUCUAGAGCUUUUUUUAACCAUAGAACGUUCCAGACGUAGACAAUCCUGCAUUGUAUGAGUGAAUACAGUAGACGUUUUCUGAAAUAAACUUUAUGUUUGCUGGGGCUUUAUCAUUAUUGAUAUCGUGCAUUAAAGUUGAUACCGACUCAUAACAAAGAAAAGUUAUUGGUAGCACGUUGGCUUCGAGAAAUAAAGGAAUUACAUUGUCAUGCCAGUCUGCGAAGUACAACAAACGGCACCAACCCUGUACAAGUUGCAGUCCACUGACUUCUUUUCUUACCCGGAAUUCCAUGUGGUUGCUACAGUUUUAAAAAGGCUUUCAUUUUGGUGAUUAUCUUAGAGCCUUUGUUGCCAUCUUUCCGAAGAACAUAUUUGUAUCUUAUAUUCAACGCUGCACUUAUGCAAAAGCACUUUCUUUCUCCCCUCUACAUGUUAGGGUUACUUUCUGACGCUCUAAGCCAAAACAAGUUUGUUUCCGGUCUAAAAGUUGCUUCCACCAUUCAUAGCAUAUUUCAUAAUCCUAAUUCAUUCGCUAAGGGACUUUGUGUUAUUGAAAACUAAUUUUAGGAAAUUUUGCGCGAGGUAGAGCUAUGUUUAUCGUCCCUGAAAACAAGGCAGGGGGCUGAUUUUGCGGUUCUCCAUAAAUAAGAUUUGAGUUAAGGCAAUUGCAUCAAAAAAUAGAAUAAUUAAACCACCGCCUGUACAUGUCUGUACGUAAACUUAAACAAAAUCGGUAUACCUCAGUUUUUGUAAAUUUCAAAUAUACAAGUGAAAGAACACCUUUGAUUGGUUAUUUUCCUAUAGGCACAAGGUAAACAAAGAACAUUUUCAACAAGAAACUAGAUUCUACUAUUGACAUCAACAGGGGUGUCGGGAUUUAGUAUUUGAUUAGUCUAUAGCUUGUUACUGGUUAAUCACUUUUAGAUUAGAAUUGCGCUCGAAGAAAUAGAAGCGACUCGAAGGCUGGACUUUCAGACAGCAACGAUGUCCAAACAUUCCACCACGCUAACUCUUUCGAGCAAUUUCUCGUUCAGAAUGUAAAUGUUUUUGUCUGUAUGAAAUCACGCGAUUUACUAUCACCAUUCAACAUUUUCACAUCUCCCAUAAUGCACCUUGUCUACUCCCCCAAAUUUUGCAUAACCUUUGUCUUCCAAUUCUCUUUGGACGACUGUAAUAUCGAGGGGAAUUGAAAAGAAUGGUUUUGCAAACAUUUUGGGGGGUAAACAAGAUGCAAUAUUGUCCAUGUGAAAAGGGGAAUUGAAUUCUUUCACAGUUGAUGGUAGGUGGAGUGAUUGGAAGGCCUGGGCACAAUGCAGUGUGACGUGUGGUGGUGGAACUCAGGCUCGAACUCGAUCUUGUACCAAUCCCCCGCCGCAACAUGGCGGCAAAGAGUGUAGUGGAGAAAAGGAUCAAGUCCGCUCCUGCAAUGCCGAGCCAUGCCCAAGUAAAUAACUUCAAUUACAUUUUCUACUUUAGGUACUAUAUCCAUGGCCAGAUGCUUCCUGUAAGAGCCAAUUUCUGUGACUGUUUACGAUAUCGACAAAUGUUCGUUUUCCUCGCAUUAACUUCCUCAAGUAACAUUUCGGUCAGGUGUACCUGUCAUUCAUUGCUACAUUAUGCAUUUACCAUCGCGCUUAUGGUAUAACAUACACAUACCAUAACAUACUGCUGACAACUGCUUUUGGCUGUAAGUUACCCACGAUGGGUGUUACCAUCACUCUCUUUCUCUGUGUAUUCUUUUAUAUUUCGAGAGCUAGGUCUUGAUACCUUCCACCUUCUCUGUCUGGGAAGGGUAUUUUGGUCCGCUGGCACAGCAAUGUCGACAAGGGUCCACUCCUGUGUAUCUUUGUGUAAUAAAGAAAUAUCUGGUCUAUUGUGCUUCAGCUGCGUGGCCGUAAAGAUAGUUAUAUCCCAAGUUUUUCUCUUUUCUCUAUCAGUUCUCUGCAACUGUUAAGGGUUGAUGGUCGCACCAUUUAACGGCACUCUAACCCAUACUUUCUGCAUACCUUCCGCAUCCCAGUGAAACCGUAGAGUCACCUUUUCAUGGCGCUUCUAAUGGGAAGCUUCAUGCAUCGACUGAAAACAUGUCAUACUCUUCAGUGGAGUUACCACACAAUCUGAACAGCGAUGUCUCAGAUGUCUUAUCUAUCCUAACCGAAUGAUUUCUCAAAGCUUGUUCUUGAGCAGCGAGGAUCAAGCCCUCCGUUGCCUUCUUCUUCUUCUUCUUCUUCUUCUUCUUCUUCUUCUUCUUCACAACUUACAUCAUAUUGUUUUUGUUACUGUCUGGUGUUCUUAAUUUUUAAUCAAUUUUAUUAUUUUUUGAGUCUAUGGCACAAGACGAUCGUUAAAUGUGACCAUUCCAAUCAACUUCAGUGUAGGGUACUUUCAGUAUUAAAAUCUUUCCCUAGUUUUCCCAAAGUCAGUUGAAAGGGAGAUCUACUUUUCAGGAUCACAGACAGAGCAGCCUUUCUCAGGCUCUCAGAUUGUAGGGACUUUGCGAAAAUAAAACAAGCUAGGUGAAAAUAAGAUGCGCGCGAUCUGGAAAAGAGGGAGUUUGCGGGAAUGAUCCUCUCUCCCCAGUUCCCGCUCGUUUUCGCAUCACUCUAUACGGAACGACUGCAUUACUGUCUCAGAGCCUGGAAUAGGCUAGAGACACAGUGAAGUUUGACUACGAGAUUUUACCUGAUCCUUGGUGAUAUCAUUCGCACAAGAUAGGUUGAACAAAUAUAUUUUUGUCGACAGUUGACGGAAGAUGGUCGCAGUGGGGUCUGUGGGGAUCCUGUUCACUUUCAUGCGGGGGAGGAAUACAAGAUCGAUUUAGAACCUGCGAUAAUCCUCCUCCUGCGUUCGGCGGCAGUGAUUGUUCUGGGUCGGAUGUGCAAACGCGAUAUUGCAAGGAAAAUCCAUGUCCAGGUAACGCCACACAGUCAGGAGUAAAUCGUAAAUAG